AUGGCGGUGCCACCCCAACGUAGACCAAGAUACCAACCGCAACCGUGGGACCCGGAAACGGGUUAUUAUCCCGAAAAAGGCGUCAACGUCAAAACAAUCUACGAGCGAUCUUGGCGUAACCGCCACAAACCAGUCGAAGUCCCCGACUUCCAAGACGAGAGCUUCGGCUUUCCCAACUUUCCAGAGAUCUCUGUCCACUGGCUGGAGGUUUGGGGUGAAAACCCCAACUACGAUGGAAAGAAGGACCUCAUGCUAGCGACAGAGGCCAUUUGCCGUGCCGAGGCAGCUCGCCUCGAUUUGAACGCCGUUGUGAUCAGGACAGGACUGCACAACAAAAAGGAUCAGCACGCUGUCGACGGGACCGUGUUGACUUAUGAGGACCCGAGAACGGGGUACAUCAAGAAUGAUACCGCCAACGCUGAUUGGCAUUUCACUGUAGAGGUAUACAUGGGUUAUGAUGAGGAAAACGUCAUCAUUCAAGGCCACAUUUAUGUGGCCUUUGACUCCAAGGCCCCACAGGGGCUUAGGAUCAUGAACAACCCGUCCGUGGAGAAAAAGCACGUUGACACCGGUAAGGGGUACGUUGCUUCCGAGUUCUGGACCGUUACUUGA